CCGGGUGGCGAUAAAGUAGCAAUUCCCGAUCGCGGUCCGUCCCUUCGUGUCCGUCCGUCCCUCCGGCCGUGUGCGCGCGGGCGUCAGGCUCCCUCCUCCCGCUCGGCUAGUGCUGCGGCGCCCGGGGCUCCAACGCCUGCUGCCUCCUCCCUCUUUCCGCGCUCCUCCCGUCUCCUCUCUCUGCCACCGGCCAGCUCUGCCCUGCCCGCUGCCCACAAUGCAGCAGAGAGAAGCCCCCGAGAUAGGCUUCCGGCCCCACUUCCCGCACUUCGCCACCAACGCCAUCCACGUGGGCCAAGAGCCCGAGCAGUGGUCCUCCCAGGCCGUGGUGCCGCCCAUCUCGCUGUCCACCACCUUCAAGCAGAAGGCGCCCGGCCAGCACUCGGGUUUUGAAUACAGUCGCUCUGGAAAUCCCACGCGGAAUUGCUUGGAGAAGGUGGUAGCAGCUCUGGAUGGUGCUAAAUACUGUCUGGCCUUCGCUUCAGGCUUGGCUGCCACGCUGAACAUCACACAUCUCCUGAAGGCCGGGGACCACAUCAUCUGCAUGGACGAUGUGUAUGGAGGGACAAACAGAUACUUCCGGCACGUGGCCACCGAAUUGGGUUUGAAGAUUUCUUUUGUUGACUGUUCCAAACUCAAGUUGCUGGAGGCUGCAAUCACCCCAGAAACCAAGCUUGUUUGGAUUGAAACUCCCACAAACCCCGUCUUGAAGGUCACUGACAUCGCAGGCUGUGCUCAAGUGGUCCAUAAAUAUGACAAUAUUAUCUUAGUUGUGGACAACACUUUCAUGUCGGCCUAUUUCCAGCGUCCUUUGGAUCUGGGAGCUGACAUUUGUAUGUACUCAGCCACAAAGUAUAUGAAUGGCCACAGUGAUGUUGUCAUGGGUUUGGUUUCAACGAAUUCUGAAAACCUCCAUAAAAGACUCAGCUUCUUGCAAAAUUCCCUCGGCGCCGUCCCGUCGCCUUUUGAUUGUUACCUCUGCCUCCGUGGUCUGAAAACUUUGCAGAUCCGAAUGAAGCAGCAUUUCGCAAACGGCCUGGCGGUGGCCAAGUUCCUGGAGGCGAAUCCUCGGGUGGAGAAGGUCAUUUAUCCUGGUCUGCCGUCUCAUCCUCAGUACGAGCUGAUUCAGCGCCAGUGCACCGGGUGCCCGGGGAUGGUCACCUUUUAUAUCAAGGGUGAGCUUGCGCAUGCAGAAGCCUUCCUUAAGAAACUAAAGAUUUUCACACUGGCUGAGAGCCUGGGAGGAUACGAGAGUCUCGCCGAGAUCCCGGCCAUCAUGACUCACGCCUCGGUGCCAAAACAAGACCGGAAAGUGCUGGGAAUAAGCGACACUCUGAUCCGGCUCUCCGUGGGCUUGGAGGACAUCGAAGACAUCCUCAGCGACCUCGACCAGGCCUUGAAGGCUGCGUGCCCUUAACCCCCCCGGUGACUCCGGUGUCGGGAUGUGCUCCCGAGGGCCCGGACUCCUGCGAUGGCCACUGCUCCUGGGAUGGACGACUGCAGAGACUGCCGAGGAGCCUCCCGGGACUUUCUCAGCGGUGUCCUCCACGUCGGGCACCUCGUUCGCUUCUGUGCUUUAAACUCUAAAUGAUCGGACGGUACGGUUUGAGGUGCUCUCUCCCCUCUGAUUGUGGCAUUGUGGGCCCGUUUCUGCUGACACUGUUCCCUUGAUCGUUCGCACUCUCGCUUCUGGUCGGAGGGGCCACGGUGGCUGCUGCCAUCUUGUCCCUUCCUUUCGGCCCUACAAUGCCUUCUCAUCCUGUUGACUGACGGUUCUUCCCUGUCUGACGGCCUCUGGAAUCAUCCCCGCGACAGCCGGCUCUGCUGGCCCACCACGGCCCCUCGGUGCUUUACAGAACAUGGCCAGGGCACCGAGAUCAGAUACUUGACACCAUAAUGUGAAAUUCUGUUGGUUUUCAAUUGUUUCUUUAAACUCUUGUUUUUCAUUUUAAUAAAUCUCCACAGCA